UUCAGUUGGGGAAUAUUGACAGGUGGUCCGUAAACACCAGUUUGUCCGGGAAAGGGGACUUUUUGCGUCUUCCUAGAUUUGGGAAGACCAUGGCUCGCUCCAGGAUGUAUUCGGAGUCAUUGCUGGUGGUUUUACUGCAAAUUGUCCUAAUUUGCUCCGCUCAGAGGGGCCCUGUCGGACCUAGAGGCCCCCCUGGAUCCCCGGGCAUAGCAGGCGUGCCUGGUGUCGACGGGAUUGAUGGAGAAAGAGGGGAAGAUAACUUCAUAGUAGGAGGCCCUGGCCCUGAUGGGGAAGAUGGCAAACCAGGAUCUUCUGGAGCACCCGGGCUCCCAGGGGCAGACGGUGCAACCGGACCUGCUGGCGAUCCUGGACCAGAUGGGCCUCCAGGGCCAAAAGGUGAACCCGGAGAGGCUGGGGAGGUGGGAGAGAUUGGUGAAGGACCUGAUGGACCUGAUGGAGCGCCUGGUGCACCAGGUUUGCCUGGGGAGCUUGGUAAAGUUGGACCCCAAGGAUCGCGGGGUUUGAGGGGGGCAGAAGGGCUUCCCGGGGCUGCCGGGCCCAGGGGUCUUCCUGGCAUGUAUAAGGGAGAAGACCUGUGUCCCAACGCCUGUCCAGUUGGUCGCCACGGAUAUCCUGGCCUGCCAGGCAUGAAGGGGCACAAAGGGGUCAAAGGAGAAUCGGGUGAGCCUGGAAAACAAGGACACAAGGGUGAAGAGGGAGACCAGGGAAUAGAAGGAGAAAUGGGAACUCAAGGACUACCAGGCCCAGGUGGACUCAGGGGAAUCACAGGCAUGAUGGGCCCUAAAGGUGACAGGGGACCACGUGGAAUUGUUGGAGACGUCGGUCCCCAGGGAAUUCAGGGCGCUCCAGGCGAUGUGGGCCAAAGAGGAAUAACGGGUGAGACAGGACCAAAGGGGGGUCAAGGUGCCCGAGGGCCUCAAGGAAUAAGAGGCCUUCCCGGAUCCAAGGGGGAGCCUGGUUUAGCCGGGCCGGACGGACGUGAAGGAAUUCCUGGAUUACCAGGAUCUAAGGGUAUUCCUGGUAAAAAUGGCGCUCCAGGAGAUGCCGGUCUCCAAGGGCUUCCUGGCUUACCCGGAGCUUAUGGUCCAAAAGGACAGAGUGGCGAUAAGGGUAACGCUGGUGACCCAGGAAGUGUUGGACUAAUGGGGUCACCUGGGAAAUCAGGGGAACGUGGUGAGCAGGGAGAAGUCGGACCUGUUGGACCAAGAGGGGGGCCAGGUGAGAGAGGAGUACGGGGCCCAGACGGGCCUGCAGGUUUACCGGGACCCAGAGGUGGUAAAGGGGACCUUGGCCUUCCCGGGCUGCCUGGCCCGGCCGGCCUCCGUGGACUGAAAGGAGACAGGGGUGCAGUUGGUUUGACCGGUCCUAAAGGAGAACAGGGAACCGCGGGAUCAGAGGGGACAGCAGGAGAUCGAGGGGACUUGGGUGAAGAAGGGGAGCCAGGAGAGAAGGGUUCGACGGGCCGACCAGGAGAGACUGGAAACAAAGGGCCGGAGGGCAUCAGGGGCAUACCCGGCCCGGAGGGCAAGCCAGGCCAGCCUGGACCGCGUGGCAUGCAGGGGAACAGAGGGCUGCCCGGAUUGCCAGGGACACAGGGGCCAGCGGGGAAACAACCUAGUGAUACACACAUCACACAGGUCUGCAUGAGGGUAAUGCAAGAGCAGCUGGCCCAGCUAGCAGCCAGCCUGAGGAGGCCUGAGUCAGGCAUCUCUGGGAUACCGGGUCCCCCCGGACCUCCUGGUCCUCCAGGCCCCUCUGGAAAAAAUGGCUACACGGGACUCGAGGGCCCCAGAGGACUUCCGGGCCUUAAAGGACCUCCAGGACUACUCGGUCGCAAAGGGCCCAAAGGUGACACUGGUGACAGGGGCGACAGAGGACCCACAACACGAGGGGCCAAAGGAGAACCAGGAGCACCCGGCCUCCCAGGCUCCCCAGGAAGAGGUGACUAUGGGAGCGACGGACGCGACGGCGAGCGAGGGCCACGCGGCGUUCCCGGUAUUCCCGGUGUUCCGGGGCCUCCCGGUCACCCGGGCCUCAAUGGCUACUGCGAAUCGUCACAGUGCAUCCUUCCGAUGGUGGCAUCACCGAUAUCCGCAAAAGAUUCCAGCAUGAAAGGGCCAAACGAGGAGUGAAAUGGGAGUCAGAGACCCAACCAUCCCCUAAACUAAGGGGGCAAACUGAUAAGAGACUAUUGGAGAAACUGACUGACACUCCAUGGAAGAUAAUCAAAGUGUCUUGUUGGUUGGUUUUUAUUUGGUUUAAUUGUUACUCACCUUCUGAAAUACAUUUUCAAAAGACAAGCUGGAUAUACAAUAUCAGUAUUUCUUAGCUGUUGGAAAACCCCCAAAAGUAUUUUAAUUUUCCUUUAUUUUUCUUUUUUUUACCUCAGCUCAGACCUUUGACAUCUUUGUACUGUAAAAUAAAAAAGCAUUCCUUUUUUAUGAGAAUUUAAUUGUGAUUUUAUUGGGUACUGUAGGCCUUGUGUAUGUUAAAUAUUCAGCAGGAUAAAACCCAAACCAAUCAGACUAAGUGUGCUUUAAGGGGCAAUGUGGCAACCAUUUUGAGUUCAGUCAAUGUUUUUUAUGUUUAUAUAUGUCAUACAAAUUAUAUUGUUGUUUGAAUGACUUUCAGUUGUUUGUGAGUACCUUUGUUGCAUAUCCACUCACCAACCCCUGUGCUUUUUCAUCUUCCUGACAUAGGAUUUUCUUUCUCAUGAUGACUGUUUUUGUGAUGGGAAUACUAGGAGGGCAGUGUUGUUUGAAGCAGAUUUAUUUGACAUUCUUAUUUAUUAUGAAGGUCGGAGGUGACAUUGAAGGUUGUACAAAAGAGGAAAUAAACACAUUUUGAUAAAAUCUUGCAAG